AUGCUCAACAACGUCGUCUACGAGCCCAUGCUCGACCAAGCCCACUCGGUCACCGAUCAAGCCGAUCACGACUAUUUAUCCGACUCCUUCCUCUUCAUCAACUCCUUGUCCAACGACGUCUUCGAGUCCCAGUUCGAGUCCGUGCUCGACCAACAUGAAGUCGACCAUAUCUAUCAUGUCGCCAAUCAAACCAGUCACGACUAUAUACCCUACUACCUCAUUACGCCCUUGGACGACUGUGACCUCUGUCAUCAGUUCCAUGGUCACGGUGGGCUGCCCGAAUUCUAUCUAUCCAUCUGA